AUGUCGGACGACGAACAUGUCGCCAUAUUUUGGGACUACGAGAACUGCUGCCCGUCGAGCAGUAUGACCGGCUAUGACAUCGUCAACAAUAUUCGCGAGAUUGCACAUACCUAUGGAAGCGUGAAGCUCUUCAAAGCCUACCUGGAACUCUCCGAACAGUCACCAAAGUCCACUAUCCUACGUUCCGAGUUACAGUCAUGUGGUGUGUCUCUCACCGACUGCCCGCAUAAUGGAAGGAAGGACGUUGCCGAUAAGAUGAUGAUUGUGGACAUGCUUACUUACGCAUUGGACACUCCGGCCCCAGCGACCAUCGUCCUCAUCUCCGGAGACAGAGACUUUGUAUAUGCAGUGUCGGUGCUGCGCCUCCGACGAUACCGUGUUGUCCUCGUUGCACCGCAUUCGACACACAACAGCCUCAGAUCGCAGGCAACUGCUGUUCUCGACUGG